GUCACUACAAUGCGCGUCGUUCCAUUCUGUGUCAGUCUGUUCUGGACAACGUUCCGUCCGGUUGCUUUUCGGAUUUCCCGGCAAUUUCGACCAUUCUUCUCUUGACAAUAUCUGCAGAUUAGCAGAAGAAAAACAUAUAUAGAACACUGAGCCUACUUUGGGGAAUUUGCCUUAUACGUACCAGUGUGACCUUCGAUAACAAUGCAACCUUUUUGAUAUAGUGGAGGGUAUUAUCAUAAAUCCUUAUCCAAACUUAUUCAAUAGCCCCGGAGUAGUUUGGAGUUGUGUACGGCAGAGUGCAAGGUAUGGACCGUUGGAGAGGACGGGUCGCGCUGGUGACCGGGGCUGGGAGUGGAAUAGGCGCAGCCAUUACGCUGGAACUGCUUAAAAAUGGACUAAAGGUUAUCGGUUGUGAUAAAGAUACGGAACCACUGCAUAACAAUAAGGAGUAUUCUCAAUUUACUGUGUCAAAAGACGGACAAUGUUCUGGUCACAAUGGGCUGGACCAUUCGCCUGCUCCUGACGACACGACUAAGGCAUGCACAAGCACUGACUGUGAUCAAGGAGUACUCCAUCCUUAUACGUGUGAUUUGAGAGACGAGGAGGCGAUAUUGGCUAUGUUUCAGUUCAUUCAGGAUGUCUUGGGAGGUGUAGACAUAUGCGUCAAUGUAGCUGGGAUAUCUCAUAAUGCACCUCUUUUAACAGGGAAGACGUCGGAGUGGCGUGACAUGAUGGACGUUAACGUGAUCGCCUACUGCGUGUGUACCCGGGAGGCAGUCAAUCAGAUGAGAAAGAAUGAGGUGGAUGACGGCCAGAUUAUCAUGAUAAACAGUAUAUGUGGCUACAAAGUCAUCAACGCAAAGCAACACCACUUUUACACUGCCACCAAACACGCCGUCACGGCACUGAUCGAAGGCGUCAAAAACGAACUGCAAGAAUUGAAGUCCAGAAUCCGAAUCUCCAGCAUUAGUCCCGAAAUCGUCAAAACUAAUUUUCUGUAUACUAUGCACAAGCCUCACGGCACCACCCACAUUGCGGACGCUAUUUAUAAGAAUGUUGACUAUAUGGAACCCAAGGAUGUUGCAGACGCUUGUAUAUAUAUUUUAGGCACCCCGAAACAUGUGCAAGUCCACGACAUAAUGAUGAAGCCUGUAUGAAGAGGGAUGGGGUGACAGGCGAGAGACACUAUCUUUGUGUUGCUUUAGGGGCGGUUCAACCUGCCUCACCCCUCUCACGGACUAAAAUUGUUGUUCCGCAGGGCAUCACAUCCUUAAUGGCACUAGCCAUCGCAACUAUUUGUGGAAUUUGUUGUGUACAUGUACAAUUUGCAAUAUGUUUCAAAUGCAUCAUCACAUAUACGGGUUGGCUCUUUUAUCAUUGUUUUAUAGACUGCCAAGACGUUUAUCCAUGACCUUUAAAAAUGUAUUAACAUAUUUUAUACUUACGUUGGAACAUUAUCUUACGAGUGAAAUUUUAUAACCAUGACAGAAAUUUGACAUACUUGAUUUUACGAGUGAAAUCAUUGUAACUUCUUACCAGAGUGGAUGGUCUUUUUCUUCUAAAUACUUCUGGGUGCAACUGCAUAGAUCUUGGAGUAAUCAUAAAGUUUACCGAAACUUGAUUAUUCCAAGCACUGGCUUGGUGUAAAGGAAGGUCAUAAGGUAUAGCCAUGGAUUGGAAGUGGAGAGGCUAGUCCUUGGCAUUUCUUCUCUAUGGAUAGCUUUCGCAUCGGCUAGCUUUCCCACAGCCCAAUUUUACCUUACUGUCUUCAAGAAUGUUCGCUCAGAGAAAUAAUGCUGUGACCAUGACGGAUUUUUGAUGUUCUGCCACGACAAAGGAUCAUUGUUGUACUAGAGGGAAAUAUCAAUAAGAUUAUAAAUGACCAUGACAGAUUUUAGUCUCCAGCGGGUGUGAUACGAGCGAUUGUUAUCAUCAUGUAAAUAUAUUUUGCACAUUCAUUGUAUGGAUUAAUCUAACGUUAUAAGACUGCAGACUCGACUGUUUUGAGAAUGUGAGAAGUACAGAUCUCUUAUAACCGAGUCUACAGUACAUGUAUUUGAACUAUAUGACCGUCCUACCUCAGUAGGCAUCUGGUUUACGGGCAAUGUUUCGCCAACUUCACUCCCAGCGGUAAAAACUAAAAGCGACAAAUCUCAUCCGUGGUAAUUUUUAUGUUUCCGUUAUCAUUUAAAAACCUCUGGAUGGGUUCUAUCGUUGGCAAUUUUUGAAAGAAAAACUACAUGUACAUUGAACUCGGUGUCCUUGUAACGUCACCCAUGCAGUCGACGAGUUGAGGUGUCACAGAAAUGUUUAAAACUGAGCAUUUACACAUUUUGGUAUGAACGAUUUCAAUAUUCUGGUGCACUUUGAAAACAUCCUCCUGUAUAUUCAUAUACAUGUAUAUACUUCAUGUUAGAAAUUAUCACAAACUUCAAUAAAUUGCG